AUGUCAAGCAUAUUCUCCAAAUCAAUUGACUGGGAAAUAUCAUCACUUACUAAUAGCAUUGAUUUUUCCGAUACCGAAUCUUUAUCAACCAGUACAACCACCACCCCCAAUUCCAACUUUAAUAUCUUAAGUCCCACUCUGGCUACUAUAUUAGAAACUACCCAUGGUAACCACCUGCAACAAUAUGAAAAAAAUCAACAUGUUAAAGUCCUAUGUCGAUUCCGACCUCCCUCUCCCUUUGAAAAUAGAAAAGGUAAAUCAAUAGUUGAUUUCCCCAAUACUGAAACUGUCACAUUCAAAUCAAGAGAUUCUAUUAAUAAUUUUGUAUUUGAUCGAGUCUUUCAACCAGAUUCUUCACAAUUGGAUAUCUACCAAUUCUCAAUCUCGGAAACGGUGGAUGAUUUAUUGAAUGGUUAUAAUGGUACUGUAUUGGCAUAUGGCCAGACUGGUUCAGGGAAAUCAUAUACUAUGCUUGGAGACAUUGAUAGUCCGGAAGAACGAGGGAUCAUACCUCGAAUUGCUAGUGAAUUGUUUAAAUAUAUUGAACAAGAAGGUGACGAAGCGGUAAUGGAAUAUACCCUUGCUGUCUCAUUUAUGGAGAUUUAUAUGGAGAAGAUAAAAGAUUUAAUAAAUGUUAACAAUAAUAAUCAUAAUGAUUCCGUCGAAUCAUUACAAAUUCAUGAAGAUAAACGAAACGGAAUAUAUGUCAAGGGACUUUCACAAGCAUUUGUCAGUAGCGAAGAUGAACUCUUGGAUAUCUUAGCUAAUGGAUUAAAAUAUCGGUCAACAUCUUCCACCAAUAUGAAUCUUGAAAGUUCUCGUUCUCAUACCAUUUUCCAAAUCAAACUCAUUCAAAAACAUAUUACUACUGAAGUCAUCAGACGUUCUCAUCUCUUUUUGGUCGAUCUCGCUGGUUCCGAAAAAGUCGACAAAACAGGUGCCCAGGGACAAACUUUAGAAGAAGCCAAAAAGAUAAAUUCAUCCUUAUCAGCUCUUGGAAAUGUUAUUAACGCAUUAACUGACGAAAAGUCGACCCAUAUCCCAUAUCGUGAUUCUAAACUUACAAGAAUCUUACAAGAAUCAUUAGGAGGGAACUCGCGAACAUCAUUAAUCAUUAAUUGUUCCCCUUCGUCUUUAAAUGACCUUGAAACUUUAUCAACCUUACGAUUCGGAAUGCGGGCUAAGAAAAUCAAAAAUGAAGCAUGUGUCAAUACCGAAUUGGGAGAAAAAGGAUUAAAAGAACGUAUUGCCCAAUUAGAAAAGAUAAACGUACACAAUCGAGAAUAUAUCCAACAAUUAGAAACUGAAAUUGCAUAUUUACGUUCCGAUAAUGCUAUCCAUUCCGCCAGUAAUACCAACCGACAAAGAAUUCCCCGUCGUGUUAGGUCAAUCAAUAGUAUGGCUUCAACGGCUUCAUUGGGCUCAACAGCAACAUUCCAAUAUCCGGGGGCAUUAACAUUAUCAUCCACACCAUCUCGAUUACCAGUCCUUUCAUCCAGCACCCUCUCCACCAUCUCAAUAGAACCCCGACAACAGCAUAUGGUGGUGGCCAAUGGUUCAUCACCUAAUUUACAAACCAUGAAUGAAGAAUUAGAUCGUCGAGAUAAAAAAAUCGAAGAAUUGGAAAAUACAAUCCUAAACCUCAAAAUGACCAAUCUUAAAUCUUCCCACCAAGAAGAAUCAAAAUUAUUUUCACUUGAAAAUACCCUACAUACAAUUGGAAACAAACUUGCCGAAGUCGAGUUGAUAAAUAUAAACCUUCGAAAACAUUUAUUAAUCAGUGAGAAGAUUAUUGAAAGUCGGGAUAAUAAGAUAAAUAAAUUAAAAGUUGCCCUUCGGGAACAACAAGGAACAAUUGGGAGGGAGUCGAAGGUGUUUAGGGAUAAAUUGGAACUUAUUGGCCGGAAUUUGGAAGAGUUGAGAAAGGAUAGAUUGGAGGAGCUUAAAUUUAGGAGAGAAAGUAUGCUUUCUAUGACUAGUGGCAGUGUGAAUGGUAAUAAGAUUAAUGAAAGUCUGGAAAGCGUUGCCAAGAAUGAUAGCAAUGAUACCCAUUCUGAUAAUCAGACACAACAAAACAGUCCUAUUAAGAACACCAAAUUCAACGACAAGAAAAAGAGCAUCGAAAGUAAGAACUACGAAGGAGAUGCCGAACACGAAGACGAAGACGACGCUAGCGACAUUUCAGAAAUCCAUCCCGACCCCGAACUUCUAGACGACCACCCUGCAUCCCCCGUCAAAUCCAUCAAAUCCAUCACAUCCAUCCAACAACAACUCAGUCCAGAACUGAAUUAUACCCCAAAAGCAAAAUCAAUCCAACUGUUCGAACUGGAAAAAUGGGGAUUUGCCAUGAAUCAAUCCCGACGUCUCCCCCCACCACCUCCAAGAAAUGCCGCCACUAAUCAAGCUUCAAUCGAUGAAUUAGAAGCCGAUAUUAUCAAUUUCGAGCUGGAAUAUGUCACCAUUCGUGAUUUUUUGAAUGAAAGUCGUCAGAAAGGAUUAGCAGGGGAUCAUCCUCAUCAUUCAUUGGCAUUGGAUCGGAUCGAUACGUCGCUGACGGCGGAGAUGUUUGGCGGAAAUGGUGAGUUUGAAAAAGGGACGGCGGAACAGGUGGUUAUGAAGGGGAAGAGAAAGAAGACUCCGUCGUUUGGAUUGAAUUUAAAGAUUGUUAAACCGUUGAGAGGUGGAAAUUCUUCUCAUUGA